CCGAAAUGCACUGCAGCAUCAUAAAUUCAUCGAACGUAAACCGAAAUCAUCUCAGCCGUCACCUCCAAUUCCCAACGAACAUAAAUAUUCAAUUCCACGCGAAUACGCGUUACAUCCUCCUCCACGUUCCCGUUUUUUUAUCGCGCCAUCCCGGAUUAUUAACGAGCCCUCCAGUCCGCGUCCGAACGCCGGCUCACCUUCCUUCCGGCGCUCUUCUCCCGAUCCCGGUCGCCUCCUUUCCGCUCCCGAAAACUUCUCCAACGCAGUUCAACGGCCAUUGCGAAAACACAUCCAAAUGCGUCGUAACGGCGUUUCGUUGCCACGGCGACCCAGGAGCACCAGUCAACCACGUUCGGAGAUAUUUUAUUCUUCUGAUGCUGGUGCAAUGAGGAUGCGUAAAGUGAUGCGCCGUUGCCGGAUCUCCGGAAGAUUUUCCGAGUCUGGGGAUUUUUUUGCCAGUACGGCGAAGGGCGGGGGUGUUUUCAAGGGAUGGUGAAGUGGAGGUGGUUUAAAAGGAUUAUAAAGAUUGUUGGGUUGUUUUGACCUGGGGAUUUUUUUGCUAUUUGGGCGAGAGGGGUGUUUUUAAGGGAUGGUGAAGUAGAGGUGGUUUAAAAGGAUUAUGGUGAAUGUUGGGUUGUUUUGGCAUAUUUGGAUAUGGAUUAUUAAUUAAACUGAUAUUUGCAGGAGUUCAUGCAUUUAUAUUUUAAGUAUUGAAUUUUAUUAGCUCUAUUAAUUUUUGCAAAUUGUAGUAUAACAACACAUUUAC